AUGAGGACAGUGCUACGGGACAAAGAAUAUGUAUCGUUAGCGCCAAAUGUGUAUACACCGAUAAGCAACGGUGGCUUUCUAGUUCGUAACAAAGGAUGUCGGUUACCAGCAAUGGAUCCUUUGGAUCCUGCAGUUCGACAUUUUAUAACAAAAGAGGUGCUUGAAUGCGAGUAUGGAAAUUCUCUACCAUUGAUUGAAUCAAACAAUACUGCACUGUUUGUUAAUCCGCUGGCGUGGAAUAAAUUCAACGAUAGUUCAGGCAGUAUAAACUGCUGUUGGAGGCCAUUUUGGCGAACAAAAGACAAUGACAACGCUGUUACAUACGACACGCAGUGCUAUCCUUUUCAAGAUUCCUGCACUAUAAACGUCGAAUUCGUCAAGGUUGAGUGUUCUCAGAAUAAAAAAGUGAUAUACAAAGAUUACUUCGCUUUCCUACCUCGUAAGCCUUCGGUGGAAGAAAGAUGCAAGCAAGCGAUGGAAACGGACACGCUCGCCGACGAUCGUCUCAGCGUUCUUGUUGUUGGCCUCGACUCCGUUUCCAGGAUGAAUUUUCAUAGGAUGAUGCCGAAGACCGUAAAGUCGCUUCAGUCCCUCGGCGCUGUUGAGAUGUUGGGCUACACCAAGGUCGCCGAUAACACAUAUCCGAAUCUCGUCCCAGUGCUAAGCGGUCUAAGUGCGAACGAGUUGCAGAGCCUGUGUUGGCAGAUGCCUAACAAAACCUUCGACGAAUGCCCGUUCCUGUGGAAGAAGUACAGUGACGCUGGUUACCGCACGAUUUUUGGCGAGGACGCCUGCAGCAUGACCACGUUUAAUUAUUUGAAACCGGGUUUCCGCGAGAAACCGACGGAUUAUUACUUGAGACCGUAUUGCAUCGGCGCCGAGAAGGACAUCGGCAAUACCCACAAGCUGAACGCCAAUCUCUGCAUCGGCACCAGAAAGACGUUCGACUGCAUGCUGGAUUACACCCGUAAAACCGCGAUCGAGUUCUCCUCGGAGCUCUACUUCGCCUUUAUCUGGCAGGCAAGUCUCACCCACGACUAUUUCACCUAUCCUCAGCUGGGCGACAAUUCCUACCACGAGUUCAUCGAGUACGCGUCGCGAGAGGGUUUGCUGAAUCGCACAGCCUUGAUCGUGAUGAGCGACCACGGUAUGAGAUGGGGCGAGUUCCGGCAAACGUAUCAGGGGAAAAUCGAAGACAGUCUACCCUUCGUCUUUAUCGUGCCGCCGAGAUGGUGGCGCGAGAAGUUCCCGCUGGCCUGGGGAAACCUGCGGAGAAACAGUCACAGCCUCACGACGCCCUUCGACCUUCACGAAACGUUGACGGAUCUGUUGAAUCCGCACGUUUUGCGCGAGUCGUUCCUUAAGAGACGCAUUAAGGUUCAGGAGACCUAUGUGUCGCCUAUGCCGCGUGGCAUCAGUUGGUUUCUGCCGGUUCCGAGCACUCGCACUUGCGACAUGGCCCAUAUCGCGAAUCACUGGUGUAUGUGCCACACGAGUAACUCGGUCUCGUGGAACGACACUGGCCUGCAGGACAGCGUGUCCUUCCUCGUCGGAGAACUGAACGACAUGUUGAGCAGGUAUCCCUCAUGCGCGCUUCUGAAUCUGAAGCUGAUCAAGGACGCGAAGGUGUGGUUGGACAAGACAGACGGUGCGACACUGAUGGAUUACACGGUGACUAUACAAACCACGCCGGGUGACGCGAUCUUCGAGGGUACGGUACGCUACAAAGCGGACGAUAACAGCCGCAAAUUGGCCGGAUCGAUCAGCAGACUGAACGCCUACGGCACCCAGAGUGCCUGUGUUGACGAGUUCAACAUGCGCUUAUAUUGUUACUGUCUUUAGAUACAACAUAUCCGACUGGACUGUUCGAACGAUCAAUCUCGCAUAGCAUAGAUCUUGCAGCUAUAUUGCGACAA